GACGUGCAAGAGUCAAGACGCGCAUGCGCAGAGCCACCCAAGCGCCAACUAAGGGGCCAACAUGGAGAGAAAAGUUCUGGCACUUCAGGCAAGGAAGAAAAGGGCCAAAGCCAAGAAGUCGACCAAGAAGCCAGUACAUCCUCCACGCGGGGCAUUACAACAGCAGCAGCCUCCUACAGAGACCCAGAUACAGGAGCCCGACGAGGAAAUCCUGGGCUCUGACGAUGAAGAACAAGAAGAUCCUAAUGACUAUUGCAAAGGAGGAUAUCACCAUGUGAAAAUUGGGGACCUACUCAAUGGCAAAUACCACGUGAUCCGGAAACUGGGAUGGGGUCAUUUCUCCACUGUGUGGCUGGCCUGGGACAUCCAAGGGAAGCGGUUUGUUGCAAUGAAAGUGGUAAAGAGUGCAGAGCAUUACACUGAAACAGCUCUGGAUGAAAUAAAGCUACUCAGAUCUGUCAGAAAUACAGACCCUGAUGAUCCAAACAGAGAGAUGGUUGUGCAGCUACUGGAUGACUUCAAGAUCUCAGGGGUCAAUGGGACUCAUGUCUGCAUGGUGUUUGAGGUUCUAGGGCACCACUUGCUUAAAUGGAUUAUCAAGUCCAACUAUCAAGGCUUACCUCUGCCCUGUGUCAAGAGCAUCAUUCGACAGGUUAUUCAAGGUCUGGAUUACCUGCACACCAAGUGUCAAAUCAUCCACACAGACAUUAAACCAGAGAACAUUCUUAUGAGCGUGGAUGAGCUGUAUGUCAGGCGCUUGGCUGCAGAAGCCACUGAGUGGCAGAAAGCAGGCGCUCCCCCUCCAUCUGGGUCAGCAGUCAGCACUGCCCCAGCACCAAAACAGGCACCAAAAAUGUCAAAAAACAAGAAAAAGAAGCUAAAGAAGAAGCAGAAGCGUCAAGCGGAGCUCCUAGAGAAGUGCAUUAUGGACUUGGAAGAGAUGGAGAUUGGGCCUGAAGGCAGAGAGGAAGAGGAGGAUGACCCAGAAUCCCCCAAAACCCCCUCCUGUGUCCCAUUAAGACAGGCAUCACUGCAGGACAUUGCUAAUGAGGACACAAUAAUGCAGACUAGAGAGAGACUAACCUCAGAUGCUUCACUUGAGCUCAACUGUAACGGCUGUAUGCACUCCAGUCAAACACAGCCUGAGGAGGAUGAUCAAGGAGACCAGCGACAUGGCCAACUGCUACAGGAGGACCACCAUAAUGCGAACACGGGCCCAGAGGACACAGCUCAAAGCAUGUACGAGUACUGUAAUGGGGCAGAGUCCCCUGAACUGGAUCAGGCCGGCUACAGUAAUGGCACCUCAGUUCGAGAGCAGCUAGAGGAAGGAGAUAUGCCACCCGGAGAGCAAGAUCAGCAGAAGACUAGAACCAGAGCCAGGGAACAGAACAAGGAUAAGCUAAAGAAUGAUAAGUUGUCAUCUGGAAGCCUAUUGGUCAAUCCACUGGACCCACUUAACGCAGACAAUAUCAAGGUCAAGAUUGCAGACCUUGGCAACGCCUGCUGGGUGCACAAGCACUUUACUGAAGACAUUCAGACCCGACAGUACCGCUCUCUGGAGGUGUUGCUGGGAUCAGGGUACAGCACACCCGCUGACAUAUGGAGCACAGCCUGCAUGGCAUUUGAAUUGGCCACUGGUGAUUAUUUGUUUGAGCCCCACUCUGGUGAAGAUUACUCCAGAGAUGAAGACCACCUUGCUCUGAUUAUUGAGCUUUUGGGGAAUAUCCCCCAUCACUAUGCUCUGAGUGGGAAAUUUUCACAGGAAUAUUUCAGCCGUAAAGACCACAUUGCUUUGGUCAUUGAACUGCUGGGAGCCAUCCCACGCAAACUCAUAUUGACCGGAAAAUAUUCCAAGGAGUUUUUCUCCAAGAAAGGUGACCUGAAGCACAUCACUAAACUGAAGCCGUGGGGUUUGCUGGAUGUUCUGAUGGAUAAAUACGAGUGGCCUCGGGAGGAGGCCGAGAUCUUCACUGAUUUCCUGCUUCCAAUGCUGGAGCUCCUGCCAGAGAAAAGAGUCACUGCUGCCGACUGUCUGCGACACCCUUGGCUUGCCCUUUAGUGUCCUCUUGCUGUCACUGCACAUACUUCAGGCCCUGAGCUCAAGAGACUGCAACAGAUCACUUUCCAGUUUAUAGAGUAUAUCGGCAUAGUUAUUUUUCUUCUGUUAACCUGAGUGAUAUCAUUUGCUUGGCUCAUCAGAGGAAUAUUAAACCUGUCUGUUUUUGUUCUAGCUGGUAUCUCCUUUUUUUUGUGAGGGUUACUCCCACCUUAAUCCCACUGCCGUCCCUCUUAUUUUGGCAAAGGAUGAAAUGUAGACCUAGAAGACGCCUGUUUAGGUAUCUGGGGUAUUUUCUGAAGUCAUACAAAAUUACGAUGGGGAUCUGUUUUUUUUGCAGUACUAAUAUGAGAUGCAGUCCAGUCCUCCUGAGUACCGACCACUCAGGCUGCAGUGCGAUGCACAAGAGAUAAUUUUGUUACUUGUAGUUUUCUGAGUGGGAAAGGAAUGGUGGUUUAUGAAAAGUGAAUUGUUUGGGUUACCUUUAUGACUGUAGAGUAUAAGUUAAGAUCGUUUUUGUUCUGCGUCAAGAUUCGCCACUCCUCUGUGAUUCUAUCUCAACUGUGUUUAUUAAUUCAGUAGGUUUUGAUCUUGUCUGCCUCCGAUUAGAUUUUAAAGAACUGAAGUCUUCUCACUCAUGGUCAGUACAUUUAGUGUACAUGAUGCUUCCACAUAAAGUGAGUAACUGUCAAGGCCCACCAAAAGUGAUAUUUGGGGGGG